UCAAUAGGACAAGUAUUGUUAGCAGAACACAAGAAAACUCAUGAAGAAGUUGCCAUCAAGCGUAUGGAAUGGGCUUCUUUCGACGAUGCUAACCUUCAUUUAAACGAAGCUCAAAAGUUGCGAGAUUUAAAUCACAAGAAUAUUAUGAAAUACCUCAAGGUAUUCUUGAACAAGUAUAGUACAGACACUCACUUUGUUUGUCUGUGUAUAGAGUACUGCCCUGGAGGAGAUUUACAACAAUUCAUUUCGAGUACAUGCAAGAAGGGAAAAAUAGCAGAGAAGGAUAUUCUCAGCUAUGCAGAACAAAUAGCAGCAGGUCUUCAAUAUUUACACGAGCACAAUAUUAUUCACAGAGAUUUGAAACCUCAGAAUAUUUUAAUUGCUGCAGAUGGUACACUUAAAAUUGGAGAUUUUGGAAUUAGUAGACAAUUGGGAACUCAAUCUAUGGCCAAUACUCAAUGUGGUACUAUUCAAUAUAUGAGCUAUGAAAUGCUUAACAUGGCACCUUAUGAUCAAGCAACUGACAUGUACUCAUUUGGAGUGUAA